AUGCUCCGGCCAUCUUUCCGCCGGCUCGCUGUGGCGGCCUCACCGCUCCGGACGUCAGCCACGGCCAGCCGGACCGGCAGUCUCGCCCGACAGCUAUCACGACCAACAUCGACGACGCAACAGCAGAUGGCACGACGAGCAGGCAUCACCGGACAGCGGCCAUACAGCGCGGCAGCGACAGCAGCAGCGACGCUGCCGGACAUCGACCCGGCCCGGCUGGUGAUUACGGAGACGACGCGGCCGGGCGAGCUGCAGAAGCACGAGGAUCUCGUGUUUGGACGGACGUUUACGGACCACAUGAUGACGAUUGCAUGGAACGCAGAAGACGGCUGGCAGGCGCCGCAGGUCGGGCCGUACCAAAACUUGUCGCUGGACCCGGCCACGUGCGUGUUCCACUACGCCUUUGAGUGCUUCGAGGGCAUGAAGGCCUACAAGGACAGCCAAGGCCGGAUCCGGCUCUUUCGCCCAGACAUGAACAUGGCCCGGCUCAACCGGUCGUCGGCACGCAUUGCGCUGCCGACCUUUUCGACGGAGGCGCUGACGAGCCUGAUCGCGCGCUUUGUCCAGCUGGAGAGCCGCUUCAUCCCGGACCGUCGCGGCUACUCGCUCUAUCUGCGGCCGACGAUGAUCGGCACGCAAAAGACGUUGGGUGUGGGACCGCCCGGAUCGGCGCUUCUGUUCGUCAUCGCCUCGCCGGUCGGGCCCUACUACCCGACCGGCUUCAAGGCCAUCUCGCUCGAGGCCACCGACUACGCCGUGCGAGCCUGGCCUGGUGGCGUCGGCGACAAGAAGCUGGGCGCCAACUACGCCCCGUGCAUCGUGCCGCAGCGUGAGGCCCUCAGCCGCGGCUUCCAGCAGAAUCUCUGGCUCUUUGGCGAGCAGGAGUACGUCACCGAGGUCGGCACCAUGAACUUUUUUGCCGCCCUCGUCAACAAGCAGACUGGUGCCCGCGAACUGGUCACCGCUCCGCUCGACGGCACCAUUCUCGAGGGCGUCACGCGCGACUCUGUUCUCGCUCUCGCCCGCGAACGUCUCGUGCCCGAGGGCUGGACCGUGUCCGAGCGCAAGUACACCAUGCACGAGCUCGCCGAAGCCGCCGCCGACGGCCGCCUGCUCGAGGCCUUUGGCUCCGGCACCGCCGCCAUCGUCAGCCCGGUCCGGUCCAUCAGCUGGCGCGGCAACUUGGUCGAUUGCGGCCUCCGUCCGGACCAGGAGUCGGGCGAGAUCACCACCCGCAUGAAGAACUGGAUCGAGGGCAUCCAGUACGGCGAGGAGGAGCAUCCGUGGAGCGUCGUGGUGGGAUGA